AGCAAGUACAAUCUACAGCGAUUCGUGGAAAAUAUGUGUUCUAGUCGAUAUUGAUGGAAUUUUAUUAUUGUCGCGUUCAUGUUUUACUUGGCAAAUUAACGUUCUGCCGUUUCCCCCGUUUGUACGUUGUUUGGCUAAACAAUAAUCAUAUUAUACCUGGAGAAACCGCUAAUGAAACGGUCGAACACUGUGACACUGGCUGCACCACAGAUUGCUUCUAGAAAAAUGCAUUACAAGUUUUUAUAAAUUGAAAAACACCCGACACAAGAAUCAGGUGUACACCGGCCACCACAGGUAUCGUUACAAGCUGAUCGUACGUCUGUCGCGUUCGCCGGUCAAGUACUAAAGAAAAUAUGCGUUCCAAAGGAUUUCAACGUUUCUCCAGCUAAAUCGUACCGAAAGGCCUAUAAGUUCACCGCGAUACCGCCACCUGUAUUGUGAUCAGCCGACACACUGAAAACUCCAUUGUCUCCGGCCCGAAAGCUACGCCAACAUGGUCGCCGACAAAGACACAGCCAGAAUAACCAGAGAAACAUACUGGCCAAGCGUGCUCUACUAUUUGUACCUGCAUUUCUCGGCCGCCACCGGCCUGUACCUAGCGGUGUUCCAAGCCAAAUGGACCACAUUGUUUUACACCAUAUUGCUCAUCUACGCGUCCGUCCUCGGUGUGACCGCCGGCGCCCAUAGGCUUUGGUCACACGCAUCCUACAAAGCUCAUUCAGUGCUCAGAGGAUUUCUGGCGCUCUGUCAAACGUUAACUUGCCAAGGUUCGGUGUACGACUGGGCUGUGGAACACAGGUUGCAUCACGCUCACUUUGGCACCGAGAAGGAUCCGUACAACCCGGACCGCGGUUUCUUGUUUGCUCAUUUGACCAACAAACUGGUGUCCGGUCAUCCGGAUCACGAAAAACUACUGAAAACCAUCGACGCUUCGGAUCUAAACAAGGAUCCCAUCGUGUAUUGGCAAAAUACGUUAUACUAUCUGCUGGCUCCGCUUUUGCUGGUGGUUACCGUUAUCUUACCUUCGGAGCUAUGGGGCGAGUCGUUCAUAUGCUCCGUCUUCAUCGCGGGUUUCCUCAGAGUUACAGUAUCGCUACACUUCAGUUGGAUUAUUUACGCUGCCACGUUGAUUUGGGGAUUAGAACCGUUAAACAGGUAUUCCAUUCAGACCAACCUGGUGUUUGUUGUGAACAAAAGCCUAUGGCCUCAGUACCAUUACACCUUGCCCUGGGACUACCAAUGCGGCGAGUACGGCAAUUACAAUCACGGUUGCAUCACAUCACACAUCAGAGUAUGGGCCGCUUUGCGUUGGGUGACAGACUUGAGGACUUUGGACACGGAUGGACUUAGAAAAGCUAUGACUGAAUCCGCUUCCACGGGCGAAGACUUCAGUCUGUGCGCUGAAAAACAUGCGUUCGAUCCUAAUUUACUGAAAAUUAAAUGCGAGUUAGAUCUAGAAAGACUUCCGUUUUAAAAAAAUAAAUUAAAUUUGUUGUGCUUUAAAAUCAGUACGAUUGUGUUAAGAACUUAUUUCAUCUAUGUUAUUAUUUCUGUGGCUAAAAACUAGGAAUGCGACUACUAAAUCCAAAUUUACAACAAAAAACGAUUGAUGUUAAAAUAUUAACGAAAAAAUAUCUCAAUAGUAGUAAUGUAUACAAAAAUAUUGU